UCCCUGGCGGAGCCACCGAUCGCCUGUAACCGGGGGAGUGUACUCCCGUAUGAACAGUAGGCUUCAGACAGGUGAACAGUAGGCUUCAGACAGGUAAAAGUCUGCCGCGAUGAGGCUCCGUUUGGCUGGAGCCGUGCUGCUGAUGGCGGCCGCCUACUACGUCUACCUCCCGCUACCGAGCGGCGUGAGCGAGCCGUGGAAGCUGAUGCUGCUGGACGCGCUGUUCCGGAGCUUCAUGCAGGCGAGUGACGUAGCUCACGCGCUGGGUAUGUGCCAUCGGAUCCACCUGUUGAACCAUGUGGUGUCCUGGGUGGAGGAGAUCGAGGCUCGCUCCUGCCCCGCCGUGCACGUGACCGACUCCACUCUAGGCGGCGUGCCGACCCGAGUCUUCCAGCCGAAGGGAGGGAAGCAGCUGAAAAGGGGAAUCAUAUAUUUCCACGGUGGAGGGUGGGCGCUUUGCAGCGGACGGAUGCGAUCGUACGACCUUCUUUGUCGGAAAAUGGCGGAAGACCUGGACUCUGUGGUCAUGUCAGUCGAUUACCGUCUCGCUCCAGAGGCGGUGUUCCCGGAACAGUACCACGAUGCGUUGGCGGCAUCGCGGGCCUUCCUGUCGGCUCAGGUUUUGGAACGCUACAGCAUCGAUCCGGAGAGGGUGUGUGUGUCCGGGGACAGCGCCGGGGGAAACCUGGCUGCCGCUGUGGCGCAGGAGCUCAGCUCCGACGACAGUCUGACGGUGAACUUUAAGGUCCAGGCGUUGAUCUACCCCGUGCUGCAGGCGCUGGACUUCUACACCUCGUCGUACCAGCAGAACCGGGCCGUGCCCAUCCUCUACAGGCCGGUCAUGGCUCGUUUCUGGCUUCAGUACCUGGGCGCCGACACCUCCCUGGAGCCCCUCCUGCUUGCCAACAACCACAGCUCCCUGGACCAGCCGGCCAUCAGCAGCAGCACCCGCUCCAAGCUGGACUGGGCCGCUCUGCUCCCGGCCGAGCGCAGGAAGCACUUCCGGCCGGUUGUGAAAGAAACAGGAUCGCCGGGGGUGAUGGGCGAGGUACCGGAGCUGAUGGACGUGAGGGCGGCACCGCUGCUGGCGGAGCAGGGGGUUCUGGGUAGGACGCCUAAAGCGUACGUGAUGACUUGUGAGUUUGACGUGCUGAGGGAUGACGGGUUGAUGUACGUCAGGCGCCUGCAGGACGCCGGCGUCGCGGUGACCAGUGAUCACUACGAGGACGGGUUCCACGGCUGCAUGGUGUUUGCGUUCCUGCCAAUGAUGUCGAGCGUUGGACAGAGGAGCAUGAACAACUACAUCACCUGGCUGGACCAGAAUCUGUAGACGGAGCAGCCGCUCAAAGGCUGGUACCUGAGAGCUCCUCGUUGGAUCUGUGAUGUCUUUUAUCAUCACACAUGUGAUCCAUGCGGGGGCACAAUGGUUGUGGGGGUUAAAAACAACUGACCUGUAAGCCAGAAGGUCACAGGUUUGAUCCACUGUACCCUGAGCAAUAUACCAGAGAAGACAAAGCAACCAUUUAAAAACAAAAGGCUCAUGAUGUACUUGCUUUUGACCAGCGUGGACGAUUCAAGCAGCUGCAACAUGAGCAUUAGUGUUCACACAUACUUAGUGUGUACCUGUAGGAAAAUGACAUCCACUAGGGGGCAAAUCAAAGCCAUAUCACCCCCGUCACUUCUGCCCGUGUGCGUUCAAACACGUCUUUAAAAGCAAGUAUAUCAACUCAGUGCAGCUGAACAUCAGUGAGCCGGUAACCAAAACUUUUCCAAUCAAACGUCACCAAAGAGAGAGAAGGCCAUAAAUCCAAUGCAAACUUCCUGAAGUAUACGGAGGGCUCGUUAUUAUUCCAGAGCAACAACAUCCAGGAAGUUAUGCACGAGAUCCAAUACGUCUUCGUCUUCGCAUAAUAAAGCAUUAUUAAAAGAGACAGACGAGCAUUACUGACAGUCAUUAAAUAUAGGAAAUAUAAUUGAUAUAGUUGGAUUCAAUACUAAAUAGUUGUCGUGAAUGUUUUCACAAGUAUGCUUGAGCUUCUACUGAAAUCGUGUUUUAUCCCAAAUGUGAGGAAAGAUUAAGAAAUGGUAUUUAAUAAUACUAAAGUGUAGGGGGAAAUCUGAUUUUGGAAAUGCCAAUUGCAGCUCAACAUUAUGUAAUUUAUUUGUGUAUUGUUAGUUUUUUUAAUAACAUUUAGGGAUAAUUCACAAAUCACAAAAAACCUUUCUUUAAAAAACUGAAAAUGAAGAACCUUGAAUAUUCUGAAGAGUCGAAGUCACUCAAGAGUUUAUCUCCAGCUUUUAUUCCUUUACGAUGCACUGAAACAAUCCGAUCGCACACACACUUAACAGGCCAGUCAAGACUACAGUGUGUGUGUGUGUGUGUGUGUGUGUGUGAGUGUGUGUGUGUGAGUGUGUGUGGUGAAAGUAUGCCAGAGUUCACAGCUGUGUAUACUUAUUGUAUUGUGCAAUAUUGUAUGUUUGAAAGUCUCUGAUGACCACUGUGCUGCAGAGCCGAUGCAACGAUGCUAAUGAUGAUGAUAGCUGUGAAAUGUAACGAGAAUUACUGUAUCACCACGAGAGGACCGGUCCCAAACGGACUAUCGUGUUCCCUCUGCUGGCCCAAAACUAAUAUAAUGAACCGACGACAGCGACUGACUCGGUUUUGGCUUCCGGCCCGAAACGCAGCGAGCCAAGAGUGUAGCAGAAACACUGAGCUGGUCAUUACUUCACAUUAUCCAGGAAGAAAUGUGCAAAUUGUAACGCUGGCGAUCUUCUUUCGUUCAAGGGAAAUGAUUCCAGAAGUUUAAAAUGAGACGAGGACUAUAAAGAAAGACUUUUGAAUGUUUUCUAAGUGCUGUGAUUUUAAUGGCGUCUGUGAAAUGACACAAUAAAUAGUUUAUUAUUGUAUAAAUAAGGUUUUAAUACAUGCAACAGGUUGUUUCAGUCCAGCGAAUACACAAACACAGAGCAAAUAAAUCCAAUAAAGCGGAUGUUUUAUUGGCUUCUGUGAUUUCGUGGUAUGUAGGGAGAAGGGUCACAUUUCUUUUCUGUAUGUUGAACUUGUAAUCAAACGAUAACUAAAUUCCUCUUUGCUAUAAUUAAGGAUUUGUAACUGUGGUUUCAGGGGGCAACAUGUAAGCUACUGUAUCUGUAUACACAAUGUAAAAUCUUCACAAUUUACUAUGUUGUGAUUUAUUUAUGAAAACAAAGGAUUAUAAUGAAAAACA